AUGCCAUCUGAUGCUGGAGCAACAAGUAGAAUAGUGCAACAAAAUCUCGUGCAUUACAAUUUAUGGAGCGAUGUUCGAUUCCAUGACGUUGACUGUGCUGGCGGAGUAACCUCAAUCCUUUCUGGUAGACCACCAACGAAACUAGUUGCUCUGGACAAUGUUGAUGUGGAGUGGGUUAUCCCACGACUGAUUACACAUAAUAGGGACCUAGAUGUGGGAACCAUCAGUAGUUGGUUCGAUAGGAUCGCUACCUUACCUCAUCAAAAACGGCCCCAACGCAUAACACUUGGAUUACUUAAUGACGAUGGAACAGUAGUCUACUACUUUAUUCAUGAUGGUAUUGUAAAGCCUAGACAAAAUUAA